AAAACAAAUCAAACUGCAGCAAUUUAGCAACAACUGAAUUUAUGGCUUCAGCGAAUGUAAGCGCGCGUGUAUAUGAGCUGCUAGAAGCGUUAAAAAAGGAGUUUGAUGAAGUAUCCAGAAAGUCGCAAAGUUCAGAGCACCAUAAAGAUGAUUUUGACUAUAAAGGAAUCAUUUCAUCUCAAAUACAAGAGAUUGCUCUCAUGAAACAAACGGUUAUGGAUUUGGAGAUGCAGCAAAACAAAGUCAAAGAAAGAUACGAAGAGGAAAUUGCUAGAUUAAAAAGUCAACUGGAGAACCGACGGAAGGAGAUUGCUUCGGGAACGAUUUUUGGACGCAGGAAAAACAGUGUAUCAGUAGGAAAGCCAGGUUUGUCUGAAUCCACAAAACCACCUUUUUCAGCAAAUGGAAAUGGAAUAACCGGGUCUGCUCCAACAAAUUUGCGCUCCCCUGCAGUCGAUUCUGAUGGUACUGCUUUAGCUCCUCUCCAACUCCCUAAUCCUGAACUAGCAGCACAAGGAUACCCUGGUUCAUUGGUGAAUCCUGCAAUUGUAGGUGGAAUGGCUGGUUCCGGCGUCCGAACUUAUCCUCAAAGUUUGCCUUUGGGACAUCCCCCACCUCCUGAAUCCGCAUAUGCUUCGUCAGGUACCCUCCCUGUUGCCGGCGGAACUAAUGCUAAGAUGAACGUGAACCCACCUCUUCCCUCGGAGAUGAUUCCCACAUCAAGUUUGACAAAUAACGAGGAGAAAGAUUGGUCUAUCUCUACAAUAAGAAAAGACAAACAAUCUCCUGUUUCUGUGAGGUUGCUCCAUACAUUGGAACACACAAGUGUAAUUUGUUAUGUUCGCUUCAGCGCAGAUGGUAAAUACCUAGCUACCGGUUGCAAUCGUGCCGCCAUAGUAUUUAGUGUCGAAACCGGUCAGCUAGUCACUCUUUUGCAGGAAGAAUCUGCUGAGCGUGAAGGAGACCUUUACGUACGAAGUGUAGCUUUUAGUCCAGAUGGUAAAUACCUGGCUACUGGAGUUGAAGAUCGUCAAAUUCGGAUUUGGGAUAUUGCUCAAAAACGCGUUUAUCGACUUUUGACUGGUCACGAGCAAGAGAUCUACUCGUUAGACUUUAGUAAAGACGGUAAAACGCUGAUAUCGGGCAGUGGGGAUCGCACAAUUUGUCUUUGGGAUGUUGAAGCCGGUGAGCAAAAGUUAAUUCUACACACAGACGAUGGUGUGACUACAGUUGCCUUUUCUCCUGAUGAUCAAUACAUCGUUGCCGGUUCUUUGGACAAAGUCAUUCGAGUUUGGACGUCCUCUGGUACCUUGGUAGAACAAUUAAUUGGUCAUCAAGAGAGUGUUUACAGCAUUUGCUUCUCACCUGACGGAUCGCAUCUGGUCAGCGGUAGUCUUGAUAACACAAUUCGAUUGUGGGAACUUCAAGCCACGAAAAGGAUAUCACCCAGCUCUAUUAAAGAAGGAGGAAUAUGCAAGCAAACAUUCAGCGGGCAUAAGGAUUUCAUUUUGAGCGUUGCCGUGAGUCCUGAUGGAAAAUGGAUUAUUAGCGGAUCUAAAGAUCGAACAAUCCAGUUUUGGUCUUUGGAUUCACCAACGUCUCAGCUUACUUUGCAGGGUCAUAAUAAUUCUGUCAUUUCCGUUGCCAUUAGCCCAAAUGGACACACUUUUGCAACGGGAAGUGGAGAUUUACGUGCACGAAUUUGGUCCUAUACAGAUCUUUAGAAAUUCCUAUUGUUCUUAAUGUGUUUUACCCGCUUUACCCUUUUCUCCUUUUUUACAUUCCAUCCGUAAUGUGCUUUUGUUCAGAAAAUCUUCCAGAUUUUUAAAUUAUUGUUUUUCGUUUAUAACAUGAUUAGUAACCAAGGUUAUAUAAUGGGGAUCCUAUUUCCAGAUGCUCUGAUCCAUUUCUUUUUUGAUAAAAAUCUUAUUUUUGUCCAUACUCGUCCCUUCUUUCUAUAAGAUAUGAACAGUCAGUCAUGUUACUGUUUUUUUUUUUUUGUUUUUCUUUAUUCCGUAAUUUAGUUAUGUAAAUCGAUGUUCACAAAUUUAAUGGAAUAGAAUUAUACCAAAUUCCUUUUAAGUGGAUGCUCAC